UAAUGGUUUCCAUCCCUGAAUACUAUGAAGGAAAGAAUGUCCUCCUGACAGGAGCUACUGGCUUCAUGGGAAAAGUGCUUCUGGAGAAGCUGCUCCGAUCUUGUCCUAAAGUGCAAGCAGUGUAUGUAUUGGUAAGAUGCAAAGCAGGGAUGACACCUGAAGCACGAAUAGAAGAAAUCACCAGCUGUAAGCUCUUUGACAGGUUGAGAGAAGAGCAGCCAGACUUCAAAGCAAAAAUAAUAGUAAUUACAAGUGAACUUACAAAGCCUGAUCUGGACCUUAGUGAACCAAUCAAGGAAAAACUUAUAGAAUGCAUUAAUAUUAUAUUUCAUUGUGCUGCUACAAUCAGAUUCAAUGAAACACUAAGAGAUGCUGUCCAGCUAAAUGUGACUGCCACACAACAGCUCCUCUACUUGGCACAGCAAAUGAAGAAUCUGGAAGUGUUCAUGCAUGUUUCGACUGCCUAUGCGUAUUGCAAUCAAAAACAGAUUGGGGAAGUAGUUUAUCCACCUCCUGUGGAUCCCAAGAAACUGAUUGAUUGUCUCGAGUGGAUGGAUGAUGGCCUAGUGAAUGAUAUCACUCCUAAACUGAUAGGUGACAGACCUAAUACUUACACAUUCACGAAAGCCUUAGCUGAAUAUGUAGUACAACAAGAAGGUGCAAAAUUAAACACAGCCAUUAUAAGGCCGUCUAUUGUUGGUGCUAGCUGGAAGGAGCCUUUUCCUGGAUGGAUUGAUAACUUCAAUGGACCUAGUGGUCUCAUCAUUGCUGCAGGAAAAGGAAUUCUUCGAACAAUAAGAGCUUCCAACGAUGCACUGGCAGAUCUUGUUCCAGUAGAUGUUGUUGUCAAUAUGACACUGGCUGCAGCCUGGUAUUCUGGAGUUAAUAGACCAAAUAAUGUCAUGGUAUAUAACUGUACAACAGGUGGUACCAAUCCUUUCCACUGGGGUGAAGUUGAAUACCAUGUCAUUUCUACUUUCAAGAGGAAUCCUCUGGAACAGGCCUUCAGACGGCCCAAUGUAAAUCUCACUUCCAAUCACCUUUUAUUUCAUUACUGGAUGGCUGUGAGCCACAAGGCACCAGCAUUCCUGUAUGACAUCUACCUCAGGAUCACUGGAAGAAGCCCAAGGAUGAUGAAAACAAUAACACGCCUUCAUAGGGCCAUGAUGUUGUUGGAAUACUUCACAAGCAAAUCUUGGAUCUGGAAUACUGAAAAUAUGACUAUGCUAAUGAACCAGCUAAACCCUCAAGACAAAAAGAUGUUUAAUUUUGAUGUUCGACAACUACACUGGGCAGAAUACAUGGAAAAUUACUGCAUGGGAACGAAGAAGUAUGUGCUGAAUGAAGAAAUGUCUGGCCUCCCAGCAGCUAGGAAACACUUGAAUAAGUUAAGGAAUAUACGCUAUGGCUUCAACACAGUCCUUGUGAUCCUGAUCUGGCGCAUCUUUAUUGCAAGGUCACAAAUGGCAAGAAAUAUCUGGUACUUUGUGGUUAGUCUGUGUUACAAGUUCCUCUCCUACUUCAGAGCCUCCAGUACUAUGAGAUACUGAAGAAGAGAAUUUGGCAUUAGGACAUCUAUGCAUAUGGUGGUCUAACUGCACAAAGCCUGUAACAUGUAGUCAUCUCACAUUUUGUAAAAGCAUAAUUUCAUCUUAAAUUGGACUGAAAAUUUAUUAUAUGGUAUAUGUAAUAUUAGUUGUGUAUCUUCCUGGAAACAGAAAAUAAAAUGGUCAAGUGCCAGGUUGAAUUGGCAUUAGAAAAAACAUUUAAAUAACUCUUUCAACUGGGGAAAACAUUUUAGACCACUGACCAACAUAACUGUGCAAUUUGGACCGUGUUUGAUUGAAAUCUGC